AAUUCCACAGAAAAACUGCUUCAAGCGAGUGUCAAAAAAACAAAGAACUGCUGCAAGUGUGCUAGCAUGGGCUCCGACGACGGUCACGGCCCACACGCCAACAAGGCUGACGCGCCGCUCAUCCCGUGCGGCAGCGGCGGCGAGGACUUACCAGGCCAUCCAAAUUUUCCGAGCACGCCGAAGGGCGUGGCCAAGGCUGUACAGACGGAGGCGCCGUCGAGUUACGCCAUCGCUGGCAAGGUCCUGUUCGCCGCGGCAGGCGCGUUCGCGGGCAUCCUCCUGGCCCUCAUCGCCCUGCACCUGUACAACAGCGGCCGGCGCCGGUACUCCCGCGACCGCCGCCGGCUUCUCCGCAGCCUGGCCAACAUCUCCGGCGGAGGCGCCGCCGCACCUGAUUCGCCGCGCGCGCGGGGGCUGGACCCCGCGGUCCUCCGCGCGCUCCCGGUGGUGGUGGCGGCAGCAUCCAGCUCCAGCUCUAGCGGCGGCGUCGGUGGCGGAGACGACUGCGCGGUGUGCCUCGCGGAGUUCGAGCAAGGCGAGGAGGCCCGCGCGCUGCCGCGGUGCGGCCACCGGUUCCACGUCGAGUGCAUCGACGCGUGGUUCCGCGGCAACUCCACGUGCCCGCUCUGCCGCGCCGACGUCCAGGCGCCGGCGCCGGCGCCGGGGACGGACGACGCCGAGGCCCGGCCUGCGGAAGAGGUGCGGAUAGACGUUGUGGCUGGGGACGCGGCGGCCAAGGGCGGGGCCCCGGCGAUGCCGAGCGAUGGGUCUUCGCGUCGACCCGAUCCGCUUCCUUCCGAGCCCUGACAGACACUGACAUGCAUGCUUGGGUUGGAAUGGUGCGCGGCGGCGGAAGGUUCCUCGCUGCUUCCUGAGCGUACGAAUCUCUCCACGAGCGUCGAGGACCAUCAUUAUAUGCAGCGUUUACUCCAUCUGAUUGUGCAUUUACUCCACUUUCGUUGGCCGAUCACGCUCGCUGUAGCCUGUAGCUGGUUUUGCAGUACAAAGUUGGUACAGUAGAUUGCGUUUUUGUGAAAAUAAUCUGGUAUGCGUUUAUGACGACCGGCCGUCACUCCAAUUACCAUGUACCACAAUUAAUUAGUUACACUUAUUCAAUCCGGCACACUUUGAUACUCCUCUGAUCCUAAAUUCUUGUUCCUAAAUUUUUGUCUCAAAUUUGCGCAAAUAUGAAUG